AUGGAUACAUCCUCUAUAUCACAGAAAAGUUACAGUCAGGCGAAAGAGGUUCCAGGCAACCUGUUCGACGCACCUGAAGGUUCAGCCUUGAUUCAUGCUUGCAACUCUCGCGGGAUAUGGGGAAGUGGCAUUGCAAAAGAAUUCAAAGAAAGGUAUCCCACCGCAUAUGGAAUCUAUCGGAACCACUGUCUGGGACAUAUACGCAACCGUACCAUUCAUGACGUGGUCAACUUGAAGGCUGAGAACAAUAACGAGAGCGACAACUUAAUCUCUGUUCGACGCCCCGUUGGCACAGCUCUGAUUAUCCCUCCCCAGACACUGGACAGACGAUAUGGUGGAAAAGGACAUUGGGUGAUCUGUCUAUUCACGUCGUUCGACUAUGGCAAGCGAGCUGAUCCGCCUGAUCUGAUUGUCAACAGCACUUACGCUGCACUCCAUCACUUGAAAAUACAGCUCAAUACCCUUGAAGAGCGGAAUUUUUAUCUUGAAGAAGCCACCCCUGGACAAUUAAUGGCCUGUCGUUUCAAUUCUGGCCUUUUCGGGGUUUUUUGGGAGAGAACUAGACGCCUUUUAGAAAAAGUUGACCUUGAUGUGGCUGUUGUAUAUUGA